AUGACCGACACGCGUGCCAUCAUCAUCGAUACCGACCCGGGCCAGGACGAUGCGAUCGCGCUUUUGCUUGCGCUGGCGAGCCCGGAACUCGACGUGCUCGGCGUGACGGCGGUUGCCGGAAAUGUGCCGCUCAGCUUGACCGAGAGGAACGCGCGCAAGAUCUGCGAGCUGGCCGGAAAGCCGCAGACCCGCGUCUUCGCCGGUGCCGAGCGGCCAUUGAUGCGCACUCUCGUCACCGCCGAAUAUGUGCAUGGCAAGACCGGGCUCGACGGGCCGGGCCUGCCCGAGCCGACCAUGCCGCUCGAAAGCCAGUUCGGCCCGGACUUCAUCAUCGACACCGUCCGGGCCCAUCCGGCGGGCCAUGUCACGCUGUGUCCGCUGGGGCCGCUGACCAACAUCGCGCUGGCGCUGAUCAAGGCGCCCGACAUCGCGCCGAAAAUCCGCGAGAUCGUGCUGAUGGGCGGCGGCUUCUUCGAGGGCGGCAAUGUCACGCCGACAGCCGAAUUCAACAUCUAUGUCGAUCCGGAAGCCGCGCACACCGUGUUCACCUCGGGCGUGCCGAUCGUGGUGGCGCCGCUCGACGUCACCCACAAGGCCCUGACCACCCAGGCCCGGAUCGACGCGCUGCGCGCCAAGAAGACACCGGUCUGCGAUGCGGCGGCAAAGCUGAUCGACUUUUUCGAACGGUUCGACGAGGACAAAUACGGCACCGAUGGCGGACCGCUGCACGAUCCGUGCGUGAUUGCUUACCUUCUGCGGCCCGAUCUGUUCACGGGCCGCGACUGUCAUGUGGCCAUCGAGACGGGCUCGCCACUGACCUUGGGCAUGACUGUGAUCGACUGGUGGGGCGUCACCGGCGAGCCAGCCAAUGCGCACGUGCUUGGCGAUAUCGACGCGGCCGGCUUUUUCGACCUGAUCACCGAGCGGCUGGCGACGCUCUGA